AUCGAUAUAUUAUAGCAACAGGCUGUUUUGCCGCUCAGUCAGUAAUUGUUCGCUCAGUUGAUAACACGGUAGUUCAACGCUAUACACAGUACACAGUACACGUACAUAACGUACGACUUGAUACUUAAAUAUUGAAUCUCACAGGAAUUACUCCUAACUCAGUAAUCUCAGACGCAAGAACAAAAAGUCAAGAAAAACAUAAACAAUGUAUCCAUUCGGUUCUGGAAUGCCACAAUCAACACCACAGCAACAACAACAACAACCAUAUUCAUCCAAUAAUGAGCAACCUAAGGUGCCGUUUGGAGUUGGUUGGGUAACCACCGCACCGAUGCAACAGAAUAAUGCACCAUACCCCCCAAAUCCAACUUCACAGCCUCCAUAUGGCCAACAACCACAACAACAACAACAAUAUCCAAAUGCCAAUCAACAUGGCGCUCCCUAUCCAAUGCAUGCGCCAUAUCCUACCACAACAACAACAACAUCAGCGCCCUAUCCAUAUCCAAGCAAUAAUCCACCAAAUGUGCACCACCACCAACAACAACAACAACAACAACAUCAUCAUCACCACCAGCAACACCAUCAACAGCAUGGUCAAAAUCAUUUUAAUCAGCAUACAACUUCGUAUGCAGCUGAUCGUGGAUUUACACCGGCCAUGUCAGCACCCUAUGGAUAUGAGUCUUCUGGUCAUCAUGCUCAAGGGCAUGGUUAUGGUCAUGGUCAAGCGCAUGCGCAUGCGCACACACAUUCGCAUGAACAUGGCCAUGGAUAUGGACAUGGUCAAGGGCAAGGGCAAGGGUAUGGUCAAAUGCAUGUGCAGCGGUCGCUCAAUCAACACUUUACAGCCCAUAAAGAGGGAACACCCACAUUGGUGCCGGCUCAAGGAUUCGAUCCAGUUAAAGAUGCUCACGAUUUACGCAAAGCAAUGAAAGGCUUUGGCACGGAUGAGGACAAGCUCAUCGAGAUCAUCUGUCGUCGUAAUAAUGAACAACGCCAGGAAAUCCAGCGUCAAUAUAAAACUCACUUUGGCAAGGAUCUGAUUGAAGACAUCAAAUCGGAGACGAGCGGCAAUUUUGAGAAAUUGCUGGUUGGACUCCUACGUCCAAUUGUCGAUUAUUAUUGCGCCGAAUUGAAUGAUGCAAUGGCUGGCUUGGGCACCGAUGAGGAGGUCCUCAUCGAAAUACUUUGCACGCUCUCCAACAUGGAAAUUCAUACAAUUAAACACCAAUAUUUGCGCUUAUACGGCGCACAUUUGGAAUCGGAGCUUAAGUCGGAAACAUCGGGCAACUUUAAACGCCUGCUCACAUCAUUAUGCACGGCGGCGCGGGAUGAAAGUGGACGAGUUGACGUCAACAUGGCCAAAGAUGAUGCCAGGGAGCUGCUCAAGGCAGGUGAACUGCGUGUCGGCACCGACGAGAGCAUGUUCAAUAUGAUCCUGUGCCAAAGGAACUAUCAGCAGCUGAAACUUAUAUUCCAAGAGUACGAGAACAUGACUGGCCAUUCCCUGGAGAAGGCGAUCAAAAAGGAGUUCUCUGGCGAUAUUAUGGAGGGUCUUAUUGCCAUCUACAAGUGCGUCACAAACAAAUCCGAAUACUUUGCAUCGCGCUUGCACAAAUCCAUGGCCGGCAUUGGCACCAACGACAAACAGUUGAUUCGUGUCAUAAUUACACGUUGUGAGAUUGAUUUGGCAGACAUUAAGACCGCUUUUGAGCGUUUGUAUGGCAAAUCGCUAAAGAGCUGGAUCAAGGGCGAUACUUCCGGACAUUACAAACACGCUCUGUACGCAUUGGUUGGAGAACAACGCUCAUCUUAAUUUGACAGCCCCAUGAG